UAAAGUAAAUCGAUAAUGUUUCUUUCAAGCAAAAUAUUUUCUUUCCUUGUUUGCGAAGCGUCAUUUAUUUAUAUCAACCACGACGUCUGCGCUCACGUUCCGUUUGCUCUUCCGAUCUUUUCAGUAUGCGGCGACAUUCACGGACAGUUCUACGACCUGAUGAAAUUAUUUGAGGUGGGCGGUCCACCUUCCUCCACCAAAUAUCUCUUCCUGGGCGAUUAUGUUGACAGGGGUUAUUUCAGUAUCGAGUGCGUAUUGUACCUGUGGGCGCUGAAACUGUGCCAUCCCACCACACUCUUCCUCCUCAGAGGUAACCACGAGUGCCGUCAUCUCACGGAAUACUUCACAUUUAAACAGGAAUGUAAAAUAAAAUACUCCGAGAGGGUGUACGACGCGUGCAUGGAUGCCUUCGACUGUUUGCCGCUCGCCGCCCUCAUGAACCAACAGUUCCUCUGCGUUCACGGCGGCCUGUCGCCGGAAAUUCACAAUUUAGAAGAUAUCCGCAAAUUGGACAGGUUCAAAGAGCCGCCGGCGUUCGGGCCGAUGUGCGAUCUCCUCUGGUCGGAUCCCCUCGAGGACUUUGGCAACGAGAAGAAUGCGGAGCAUUUCUCCCACAAUAGCGUCAGGGGUUGUUCAUACUUUUACAGUUACGCGGCGUGUUGCGACUUUCUGCAAAACAACAAUUUGCUCAGCAUUAUAAGGGCGCACGAGGCUCAGGACGCUGGAUAUCGUAUGUACCGGAAAUCUCAGACGACGGGCUUCCCAUCGCUUAUCACCAUCUUCAGCGCGCCCAAUUAUCUCGAUGUGUACAACAACAAGGCGGCGGUGUUAAAGUACGAGAACAACGUGAUGAAUAUUAGGCAAUUCAACUGUUCGCCACAUCCCUACUGGCUACCCAAUUUCAUGGACGUUUUCACAUGGUCCUUGCCGUUUGUCGGCGAGAAAGUCACAGAAAUGUUAGUGAACGUGCUGAACAUUUGCUCGGACGACGAGCUGAUGAGCGACGGCGACGACGCGCUCGAGGAAGUCGCCGCCAAAGUCGUUGUCCAAAAAAAGAAUGGUGCAGCAGCUAAUCUACGUAAAGAAGUCAUCAGAAACAAGAUUAGAGCCAUCGGUAAAAUGGCGCGUGUCUUCUCCGUGCUGAGAGAGGAAAGCGAGAGCGUGCUGCAGUUGAAGGGUUUGACGCCAACUGGAGCUUUACCGCUUGGUGCAUUAUCCGGCGGCAAGACUUCUCUGAAAAACGCUCUCCAAGGCUUCUCGCCGAAUCACAAAAUCACCUCGUUCGCCGAGGCCAAGGGCUUGGACGCCAUAAACGAAAGAAUGCCACCGAGAAAGGACGCGCCGCCCACGCCGGUCAACGAGGAGAAACCCGUGACAAAGCCGCCGCCUCCUGCGGGAGACAAGCGGGACCACAACACGCCGCAACCGCAAUCGUGAGCCCCACACUCGUCCAAUCAAGAUGGCGUGGACGGGUCCUAAGAUCCUGGGCGCUAUCGCCGUCACCACCGAACAUUUGCAAACCAUUGCUCGUCUCUCCCUUCCCUCCCCCGGUUGUUACAACCAGUGCGCUGUCCAUCGAAGAGUCAGAAGAAGGAGCCAUCGCAAGAAGGGGAAAAUCAGGAACAAAUGGACGACGAACGGACGGACGGACGGACGGACGGACAUGUGCGAAAGCGGUUUCUCGUCGAUGCAGUUUCCAACGAGGAUUGUCAUCGGUCUUGGUGCGCGCGCAGCGGAAGAAGACAAGCCAGCGGAAGCAAAAGGAAACCACCGCAUCAUCAUCGGAAUACGUCCGAUUUCAGCGGGAACUUCUCUUCUUCGAGGAUCUGCCUCUCUCUGUUUUUUUUUUUUUUCGCGUACACUAUAUACUCGCGAAUAGGAAGAACGAGAACGUUAGCGAUAAUAAUUCAUUCUGCAAUGAUCCGCGC